UUAUUGACAUGAAAUAGUCUGUAUAGUUCACUUCAUCUGGUAAUCUUCAAGUAUCGAUUAUUGUGCCAGUUUGUUUACUUUUUGUUUACCCGCCUGGAAAUGGAGGACUCACAAUUAGAUAGUGAGGCUGUCAUAAAAUACUUUUGCAUCUGCAGGAAGAAAUGCUGGAACUACAUUGUCCAGAAUGUAUUUGUGUUUUCAAGUGUGGUAGCUGGUACCUUGGGUGCUGCUAGUGGCGUGAUUGCCAAGACCAACUUUCGUCUUUCAGAUUUUGACAAGCUCUACAUCCGCUUUCCAGGAGAGAUACUCACACGGAUGCUUCAGUUGGUUACCGUUCCUCUCAUUGUGACAGGUGUGAUAACAGGAGUUUCUGGUCUGAGUGCUGGUAACGCCUCCAGAAAAAUUGUUAUGCGUGCAGCAGUGUACUUUGUCUUGACGACCCUUAUGUCUGGGGCUGUAGGAUUAACAUUAGUAUUGCUCGUUAAGCCUGGGGUUGCUUACACUGUUGAGACAGAUGAUGAGGAAGAGUUCAUCAAUUCUGACACCUUGUUUGAUCUAGUAAGAAACAUAGUGCCACAGAAUCUGGUUCGGUGUUGCUUACAAAAGUACAAGACUGAGAAGCUGGAGUUUGAAAUAAACAUAGAAGAGCCAAAUUCUAGCCUGGAAACGAAUGCCACUGAUGUGCGAGAGGUGGGUCACUUUAUAGACGAAACCAACGUGCUGGGCCUGACUGUGUGCUCCUUUUUUUUCGGACUGAUCCUCAAGAGGAUGGGACAAAGAGGGAAAAUCCUUGUGGACAUCCUUAUCAUCCUCAACGAGAACACAAAAUAUGCGGUUGACCUGAUUUUGUGCUACUUUCCAUUAGGACUGAUGUUCAUGAUUGUAAGCCAUAUUGUUGAGGUUCAGGUCUGGGAAACUACCUACAAACUUGGAAAGUUCCUGGCUGUGGUUGUUGUUGGGCUCGCAAUCCACGGAGUAAUAGUUCUACCAACACUCUAUCUUCUGUUGGUGAGACGUAACCCAUGGUCAGUGAUUAAAGGAGUUUCUCCUGCCUUACUGGCUGCAUUGCUCACCUCGUCCAGUUCUGCCACGCUGCCACUCACUUUCCGAUGCUGUGAGGCCAGGAACAUAGACCACACAAUCUCUCGCUUCAUGCUGCCCAUUGGGACCAACGCCAACUUGGACGGAACGACCAUUUAUGAGGUGGUCGCAGCGGUUUUUGUUUCCCAACUCAGCAACGUCCAUCUAGACUUGAGCGAGUUAAUCCUCCUUGUACUGACAGCAGCUGUCUCCAGCAUAGGUGCAGCACAGAUCUCAGUGACAGGAGUGGUGACCACCUUCUUUGUUCUAACUGCAAACACCUUACCUGCGAAGGACGCUUCCACCUUGGUGUUUGUACAUUGGCUGCUAGAUCGCUGCAACACUGUUGUUAAUGUUUUGGGAGACUGCAUCGGUGUGGCACUGGUAGACCAGCUGUCCAGAAAGGAACUGGAAGAAAUGGAGAGGCAAGAUCAGGACAGGAUAAGCACAAGUGACAGUGAUAUCCAGGGGCACAUCCAGAAUGACGAGGGCCAUUCCAGCAGCUCUAUUCAGGCUACUGAGUCCCUUCAUACCACACCAGCAAUGUAAUCACUCUGAGACUACAUUACAGUAACCAGGCAUCAAUUAAAUACUUUGACUUUGA